AUGGUCAGGGCGGCUUCCGACGGCUUCACCAUCGGUUCCGGCGGAAUUCAGGGCAGCAAACCAAAGAUGAUCAAACACGUAGGAAAAUCCGAGACAGGAGAUGUACAAUCCAAAAACCUCUAUCCUUCCACUCGCUCGGCGUCAGAUGUACUGUACUGGCCUCUCGAUGAGAUGCAGCAUGAUCAGGCAUGGCACGCCAUAUUAUCUGGGCAGUUGACUGCUAAGCUAGGGAUUAGUACCAUCACCUGUGCACAGGUCCUCAACACAACAACGAGAUCUCUCUACAACAGGGGAACUGCUGGUAUCGUCUUUAUGGUUUCCCAAGGUCAUGCCGGUUGUCUAUCGGCAACGAGACAUCCAGCAGUCAGUGCUGAUUACGGAGAGACCAGACGCUCGGUGUCAGACAGGACAUUGCGAAGAGCUCCGUGUAGCGCUUCCACGAGCAUUUGA